UAUAUUAUAUUCAGAGUGGGAUUUUUUAAACACAUAAUUACUUAGGUAAUGGGUUUUUUUCCGUAAGUUGUGUUUAAUUUUACAAUAUUACCUGCGUACCUAGUAGAAUUAAAUAAAGUGAACUUAAUAGAUACCCAUCUCUGACAAGAUUCGUUACAAUUAUAAAGGUGUAAAAUAUGUGUUAUUUUGUAUUGGCGUAGAUAAGUAUUUUCAACACAUUUCAGAUUGAUAACAAUUAAAUUUACAAAUAAUUGUAAUAUAUGUAUGGAGGAAUUUUCGAUCAAUGAAUAAUUCACUUAUUUUAGUAUUUUUGGUUGCAUUAUUCUGGUGUUCAAGUAUUCAGGCUGAAACUUACCCUGAAGUAAAUUUAAUUAAAAAUGUGGUAGUAAGCGACACAUAUUAUUGUAACUGCGCACCAUCGGUUACUUGCAAUAGCACUUCUAAAUAUAGAACCAUUGAUGGUACGUGCAAUAACUUAGAACAUCCAUUAUGGGGUUCAACUAAUACUCCUUAUAUUAGACUGGGUCCAGCAUAUUACGAUGAUGGUAACUUUACUUUUCGAUUACAAUAUAAGGAUGGUAUGGAAUUGCCAGGAGCUCGCAAAUUGCAGUUGGAAUUGUUUUGGCCAAAAUCAUCUUUAUUUGAUCCUCCAGACAUUAGAAAUUAUCAUGUCAAUCAAAUCGGCCAGUUUGUUACACAUGAUAUUAGUUUAAUGCCAUCCAACUUUGCGGUGCCCCCAGCGGAUUGUUGUACAGUUCAGGGUGAGGAAAAUAUUCCAUAUAUUUGCCAAGCAGUGAUUAAGAUCAGCCCAUUAGACCCGUCAUAUUCUGAAAUCAACAAAACUUGUCUUCCAUUUAGACGAGCAAUGACAGCUUCUUUUGAUUUCAACUGUGAAAUAACUCCCCAGAUACCCGUAAAUCAACAAACUGCUUUUGUUGACGCAUCUCAAGUGUACGGACCGACCGCUGCCAAAGCAGACUCUCUUCGAUCUCAUAAGCUUGGAAGAUUAAAAACUGAGAUGAUUGAUGGACAAGAAUUUGGUGCUCAAGACCAAAGGAACGGAUCAACAUUUUGUGGUGGUCGAACUAAUGUGACUUAUUGUUUCGACCGAGGCGAUCCUAGAAAGAAUCAGCACUUCGGUCUUAUAUUAUACGAAGAGACGUUUCUUAGGUUUCAUAAUCUUAUAGCAGGAUUGUUACUCAAGGAGAAUCCAGAUUGGUCAGAUGAAAUACUGUACCAAGAAGCUCGAAGGAUCAUAAUCGCAGCUCUACAGAUUAUAGUUUACCGAGAUUACUUACCGGUUUUACUUGGUAGUGAUUAUUGUGAAAGUGUUGGGUUGACUCUUAUUAAAGAUACUAAAACUGUGUAUGAUCCAUCAAUUAUGCCUCAAUUGGCCGUUGAAUUUCCAGGAGGUUGUUUUCGAGUUCCACACAACGUUGUGCCUUCGAUAUAUUUUUUUUUAGACGAGAACAAUGAAAUCGUAGAACAAUUCAAACUUAACGAGUACAUGACAAUUCCUGAUCCGUUGAUCAGUGGUUCUAAGCUUGAAGAGUUACUCAGAGGAAUGACAUUUCUGCCAGGUCGUUGUCCAUUAGCAUCGUACAAUUUAUUGGUAUCAAGUCGUAUGUUUCAUAAUUGGAUAAGUACUGUUGCAGACUUAGACUUACUUAGUAUAGACAUUCAAAGAGGUCGUGAUAUUGGUUUACCUCCAUACAUCAGAGUCAGAGAAAUUUGCGGUUUUCCAAAUAUUACAUCAUUUAGUGAUCUAGCUAACGUAUUAAAGCCUAUUGAUCUUUUUUUACUGCAAAAGUGUUAUGAUAGUGUUGAAGAUAUAGAUUUGCUAGUAGGAGCUUUGCUUGAACCAAAUGUCGAUGGUGCAAUGGUUGGUGAAACUGCAAGGUGCAUAAUCGCUGAUGGAUUUUAUCGUAUUCGAUAUGGUGACCGUUUAUUUUGUGACGUAGAAAGUCAACCAGGAAGUUUUACUAAAGAACAACUUGAUGUCUUAUGGAGUCUCGAUCUUACUCAAAUAUUUUGUCUAACGACAAAUAUCGAUAAAUUACCAAGUGAUAUUUUCACACCAAAUGGGCUUUCGGGAACGUACAGUUGUGAAUCAAUACAAUUGGACCUCGCAGCAUGGAAAGAUAAAUAAAAAGGUCAACUUAAUAAACUAUUAUUUCUUCAAACGGAAAUUCAAAAGAAUCAAGUAUUAGUUGUUUAAAUUAAAUUAUAUACAUAUAAAGUACAAAAACUAAAAAAAUAUGAUAAUUAAAGACAUUUAAAGUUAUAAAAUAGAUUUAACUUUCGAAAUUUUGUACAAUACAUUUAAAUUAAAACUUAAACAUUUUCAAAAAGUGAUUAUUGUAAUAAAACUAUUCUAUAUAAUGUUAACUGUUACAUUUAUGCAUAAUAAUAUAAUAUAAUUCCCUUGGUACAUAAUUUAUUAAUUUAUAGUUUGAUAUAUUUUAGAUUCUGAGUGAAACGAUGAAUGUAUUGAUUUUACAAUGAUGUGUGUUUUUUUUUUUAUUUUUUUUUUUAUUUUUUUAUUUUUGUGUCUGUGUACACGAUAAGUAGUCGAAAUAAUGCUUCGAUUUUCGACUUCAGUAUCUUGUUCGAUGGGAAAGUGAAUAUCGUUGGUGCAUUGGGGAGGUCAAAAUUUUAAUUUCCCAGUAGUUUUCAAAAGCGAUGUGAAAAACAAAAGAAAAAUUAAGGAAAAACGGGAAUUUUUACGCAAAAUCGAUUUUUAACAAAAUCGAUUUUGGUUAUUGGUGUAACUCUAAAACAAAUGACCGUAGAUGCAUGAAAUUUUCACUGGUUGUUUAUAUUUGCAUUUUCUAUACACAAUACAAUUUUGAAAAUAAUUUGACUUUUUUUGAACUGUUUACGGACAUUGUCAGUUUUCAGUUUUUUUAAAUUUUUUUUCUAUAAAUAUCAAUAAAAUUUUAUUUGUUGGGUAAAAAAGCUUGAAAAUUUAAUAGAAGGCUCCUAGGUUAUUGUUUCAAAGGCAGAUGAAAAAAAUUAAAAAUCCUUAGUCACAGUUUUUUUUUAUACACGUUUAAAGUUCAAAUCUUGAAA